AUGCAACGCCCAGGAGCCGGCCCUCAUGAUCAUGGCCAUGGACAUCCAGGCGGCGGUCCAGGAGGCCAAGGUGGAGGUCCAGGAGGCCAAGGAGGCGGUCCAGGAGGCCAAGGCGGCGGGGGUCCAGGAGGCCAAGGCGGAGGGGGUCCAGGAGGCCAAGGCGGUGGCGGUCCAGGAGGCCAAGGCGGAGGAGGUCCAGGAGGACAAGGUGGAGGAGGUCCAGGAGGACAAGGUGGAGGAGGCCAAGGCGGAGGCGGUCGAGGAGGCCAAGGUGGAGGUCCAGGGGGACACGGUGGCCGCUGA